AUGACAGGUCGCAGGAACUAUUGUUGUCCAGCCUGUGUACGUCAGGAUUUCAGCCAAUGGUAAUUCAUGCAAUCCAAACCCACUGUUUUUGUACCUCAAGCUACUUCGAGAGACUAACAUCAAGACCAUGCUGUAACUGCUUGAUUUGAGGCAAUCACCGUUAGCCAGAAAGAUACCGACGCGACGAAUCCCAAGGGGAAGCUCAAUGGCCGACAACCCAAAGGAAGGGAUCGAUGUUGCCUUCCAAGCUUGGCCGCUCCUAAAAAAGAAAUAUAGGAGGGCAGGAGGGGUAAUUGGUGUCGAAAUAUCAUAUAUACUGGACCGCUGCCACUUGAAAGCAAAAAGUACCGAACCCGACCAACUUCCUCCGUUACCUACACCAUCUGAGUUCGAAAGCCAACGCAUUUUCCCGUCAUGCGUUCUCCCGCAGAGAAGGCACAGUCACCUGUACCUGAGGCGAAGUCGCCCACACCCGGUGCUGCAUCGCCGGCGCCGGCCCAAUCUGACGAGCCGACCGACCUGUUGUCUGGCGCGCAUUGGGGCGAGCUGGAGAUACCUGACGACAACGACUCCACUCUAGGUAGUGAUGUUGAGAGCUCAUCGGCCUCGAUCUCUUCUAGUAUCUUGCAAUACCGUACGAUCAGUGGCAGGACAUAUCAUAGCGACUCUGUGACUGAUUCAGAGUAUUGGGGUCCAAAUGACGAGAAAGCGAAUGACGUCUUGGAUAUCUUCCACCACGUCAUGACGCUAUUGUUAGAUGAGAAAUUAUAUACAGCCCCGCUCUCCAAGAACAUCGAGAAUGCCCUGGAUGUCGGCACCGGCACCGGGCUUUGGGCAAUUGAUUUCGCAGAUGAAUUUCCCAACUGUCGUGUAAUCGGUACCGAUAUCUCGCCCAUUCAGCCGAGCUGGGUACCCCCUAACCUCAGCUUCAAUAUCGACGAUGCGACUAGGGAAUGGACAUAUCAGCCUGAUUUCUUUGACUACAUCCAUAUUCGGUGGCUCUUCGGUACAGUUAAGGACUGGGCGUCCUUGUACAAGGAAGCGUACAGGUGCACCAAGCCGGGUGGUUGGAUCGAGCAUAUCGAAUGCGACGUCAACGUGGUAUGCCUCGACGGCACCAUGCCCGAGGAAUCCGCUGUGAAUCAAUGGGGAAAGAUUUGGACCGAAGUUCAAAGGAAGACUGGAAGUGUAUUCAACAUGGUCAAAUCCGGCAUUAUGGAGAAUGGAAUCAAGGAAGCGGGCUUUACCAACGUCCAAAUCGAGGAUUACCUGGCUCCGACCGGUCCUUGGCCUACAGACGAAAAGGAGAAGCAGAUCGGCCUCUUCAACUACGUCUUUUUAACGCAAGACAUUGAGGGCUUCAUCACCUACUUCCUCAGCCAGGUGAUGGGGUGGACUGACAAGGAGAUGGCAAACUACGCCACUUCUAUUCGGCGGGAGUACAAGGAGGGCAAGAUCCAUAGCUAUAUCAAGUGGCGCGUAGUUCGUGCCCAGAAGCCGUUGGACGCCUGAAGUGGAUGGUAGAUAACGGUAGUAGGGCGGGUGCGCGUUGGUGAAAUGUGCAGGGCACAUGGCGGAUCGGGCAUACGCAGUACAUGUAUCUCUUCCUUGCGUG